AUGUUGUUCCCCGAUGUUCUGGGGACAUUUCCCCUUCAAGCCCUUGUCUCUGGCCAUUAUGAACUAUUGGUAUGCCUUCUCACAGCUUCAGCGCUGCUCGUCGUCUAUGCGGCCAUGGGAGAGAGUUCUUGCGGCAGGGGUGGCUUUCCCAUCGCCAAUCCUACGCGUGUUUUCGAAUUCUCCUCCAUAUUUCGUGUCGUCGCCUUCAUACGAUCGCCCAGGGACCUCCUCAGAUCGUUCGCUGAGAGGUACCGCGACACGCCGUAUUGGCUCAACAUGGAACUGGGCAAAGUUCUUGUCUUGCCUGCCCAUAUGAUCAACGAGAUCCGCGUCAACCCCAUAAUGAGCAGCUUGGCUGCAAUCCAGGAGGUUCAGAAUGGUUCUCUAAAAGGAUUCGAGCCGAUUGGCGACGUGCUCGACGAUCAAAUGCUCAAACUAGUGAAGGAGCAUUUGACGACCAAGAACAUGGGGAAGAUGAUACCAUCCAUUUCCGAAGAGGUUUCCGACAGCCUGUCGCUCAUUUUCUCCGACUCUUCUGAUUGGAAGGAGUUCCAACUAGGUGAACCCAUCAUUCGCCUCGUUGCCCGAACCUCAUCGAGAGUCUUCGGAGGAAAGACCUUCUGUCGCAGUGAGGCUUGGCUUAAGGCCAUGGCCAAGUACACGAAGCACUUCCUGCUUGCCAGUAUCACCCUGAGGUUCUUCCCUACAUGGAGCAAGUCCCUCGUCCAGUGGAUACUCCCUCCUUGUUGGUUGCUGAGAUCCAACCUUGUGAAUUGCCGCCGGGUGAUUGAACCGAUUCUGGAGCAGCGCCAGGCCGAGGUUGAGCGCGCACAAGAGAACGGCGAGGACGUAGAGUAUGCUUUUGACCAAGCAUUGACCUCGCUCGAUAGGGAUAUCGAUAUGGCCACAGCACACAUCAGCUUAGCUAUGGUUGCCAUUCACACCACGGCAGACCUGCUCGAGAAGACAAUGCUGGCCCUUGUUGAGCAUGAUGAACUCAUGGAGCCACUGCGUCAGGAGGUCAUGAGCGUCCUUAGUACCCAUGGACUGAGCAAUGCAGGAUUGGCCGGGCUCACACUGAUGGACAGUGUGCUCAAGGAGACCCAGAGAAUGAACCCCGUCGCAAACAGUUUUCUGAACCGCAUUGCUCUCGAAGACUUUCAGCUGUCCAACGGCAUGAUUAUCCCCAAAGGCACGCUUCUCGGCGUUGGCCCUACUCACAUGUGGGACAAUUCUUUUUACGAGAAUGGCGACAAAUUCGACGGCUAUCGCUUCUUCCGAAUGCGUGAGGACCCGGAUAAACGGCAGCAGUCCUAUUUGGUCAGCACCAGUCCGCAUCAUCUCGGCUUUGGCCACGGUUCGCACGCUUGUCCCGGCCGGUUUUUUGCCGCCAAUGAGAUCAAGAUCAUCUUGUGCCACCUGCUCCUCAAAUACGAAUGGAAGAUACUGGGGGAAGGACCGCAUAUUAUCAACCUGGGAGUAUUGAACGCAGCGUACCCAUGGACGAAAUUGCAAAUACGCAGGAGAGCGGAGACGUUGAAUCUCGACGAGAUUUGA